AUGGCCGUCGACGACGCCAAGGCCGCGGCGUUCGACGAGGAGCUCGAGUUCCCCGACGAGGUCGACGUCGCCGAGGACGCGAACGCGCGGGACCGCUUCGCGCGCUACCGCGCGCUGCCGUCCUUCGCCGCGAGCGACUGGGACGUCUACGACUCGCUGCCGCGGUCCUACGCCAAGGUCCACGCGCUCGCGCGCUACGACGCCGCGCGGCGGCGCGCGUUCGACGCCGCGGACGCGCCCGGCGGCGCGGCCGUCGGCGCCUACGUGCGCGUGGUCCUCGAGGUCGCGCCCGGCGCGCCGCCGCCGGACGCGGAAUCGCCGGCCGCGAGCCAGCUCCUCGCGCACGAGAACCGGCUCACGGUCGCGCACUUCCUCGUCAAGCGCGUGUCCCUCGGCGCGGGCGCGUCCGCCGCCGACGACGUCGACGAGGAGCCCCUCGCGUCCAAGGAGCUCCUGACCGUGACCUGCGGCCACCGGAGCUGGCCGUGCCGGCCCGUCUUCUCGACGCACGCGCUCAAGGGCGCCAAGGCCAAGUACGAGCGGUUCCUGCGCCGCGGCGACCACUUCGUGUGCUCCGUCUUCGGGCCCCUGACCUUCGGGCCCGCGCCCGUCUUCCUCCGGCGCGCGACGGGCGAGGUCGUCGCCGCCGGCGCCGCGCUCGACUGCGACCCGAACCGCGUCACGCUGAAGCGCGCGGUGCUCACGGGGCUGCCCGCGCGGACGCACAAGCGCAAGGCCGUCGUCAAGCAGAUGUUCUACAACCCGCGCGACGUGCUCUACUUCAAGCCCGCGGCGCUCACGACGAAGCACGGCCUCACGUGCCACAUCACCGAGCCCAUCGGCACGCACGGCCACUUCAAGGUCGCGCUCUCCAAGCCCAUGAAGCAGAACGACACGAUCCUCCUGACGCUCUACAAGCGCGUCUACCCGAAGCUCCCGGGCGGCGACGACGACGACGCGCCCCUCGCCAUCUCCUAG